AUGAUGAUUGCCGAGAGUGCUGAUGACAUCAAAAAUUCUUUAUUGAAUAGAAUUCUAUGUUUUGAGAAUAUGUUGAGAUUUGCUGGGCACGAGAAUUUCAAGCAUUUCAAAAGCUGCAACAAUGACUGGAUGGCGGAACGAAUGAAGUGUGCCGAAAUGAACAAACAAGUUAUAGUAAAGAAGGAAUGUAUCAGGGCUAUCAAUCGAGAUCGGCCAUUCAAAUCUGUGUAUCACUUGGCUAGUGAACUGCACGAGUUUACUCCAUCUUUAGGACAUUCGACCUUUUUUUGUAGAGCACUGAAAGAUUUGAGCUUGGCCGUUGGUAAAGAAGAAAUUGUGAGAAAGGUUAGCAAUCAUCAUAAAAUCGUACAUCACAAAUCACAUUUAUGGAAUAUUCGAGUAAGUUUGAACAAGAAGCAAAUCAAGAAUUUGAGAAUAGAAGUACCCUAAAA